AUGGACAUGCUGCUGGGAAAACUGGCCCUGAGCCCCCCCUGGGCCGGCGGGCCGGGGGCUCGGCUCGGACGCUGCGCCGUCGUGGGGAACGGAGGGAUUCUGCGGAACAGCAGCUGCGGGGCCCACAUCGACCGGGCUGACUUCGUGAUCAGGCUCAAUCUGCCCCCCCUGAACUACAGCAGGGACGUGGGGGUGAAGUCCAGCCUGGUGACAGUCAACCCCUCUCAGAUCAUCAACAGCUACAGGAAUCUGAACUACGCCAGGAGGCCCUUUGUGCAGAGAGUGUCCACGUACAAGAACGCCCACCUGGUCCUGCCGGCGUUCGCCUACUCCAGCUGCACCGACCCCUCCUUCCGAGUGUACUACACCCUGCAGGACAACCGCCCCCACCAGAGGGCGCUGUUCUACCACCCGGACUACCUGCGCCAGCUCGCCAUCUACUGGCGGGAGAAGGGAUUGCGGGAGACGCGGCUCUCCACGGGGCUGAUGAUGGUGAGCGCGGCCCUGGAGCUCUGCGACCGCGUCGAGCUCUACGGCUUCUGGCCCUUCUCCUUCGACCUCUCGGAGCGGCCCCUGUCCAACCAUUACUACGACGACGUGCCGCCGAAAAGGGGCAUGCACGCCAUGCCCGAGGAGUUCCUGAGGCUGCUGCGCAUGCACAGCCAGGGCGUGCUGCGGUUGCGCGUCGGACAGUGUCCGUGACGAGCCCAGCGCCGCUGCAGAGGCUUCCCCAGUUCGUACAACUGGGUGUUUCUCCCACAGUGACACACGACCCAGAGGACACCAGGGGAGACGAUGUGGCAGUGCAUGUGAAACUGAGAUCAGGAGGCACUUCUUUACACAAAGAGUGGUGGGACUCCGGAACGAGCUGAUUCCAGGGCUGCUUUCAGGAGAUGGCUGGAUGACAUCUUGGGAUCCUCUGGCUAGUGAAAAAAACUCAGUAAUGGGACAUUAAGUAAUAGGGUAUUCUGGGUGUUCAGUAAUGGGGUAUUCUGUAAUGGGGUCUUAUGUAAUGGUGGAAAAGGAGUUGGGUGUUAGGUAAUAUGGUGUUGAGUGAUGUGGUGUUAAGUAAUGAGACAUCAAGUAAUGGGGUAUUCUGUAACAGGGUGUUUAGUAAUAGGAUGUUAAGUAAUGGGGUAUUCUGUAACAGGGUGUUUAGUAAUAGGGUAUUAAGUAAUGGGGUAUUAAGUAAUGGGGUAUUUGGUAACCGGAUGUUUAGUAAUGGGGUGUUCAGUAACAGCGGGGAAAAGCAAUGGGGUGUUAAGUAAUGUAGUAUUCAGUAAAGGCACAUUAAGUAAUGGGGUGUUAACAUUCGGCAGCAUUCAGACAUUCGGUAACAGGGUGUUUAGUAGUGAGGUGUUAAGUAACGAGGUGUACAGUGUAAAGUAAUGGGGUUAGGGAAAAUUGGGGUCCGAUGUUGUAAUUGCUUGAAAGAUUCUCUCAUUUCAGAUAAAAGCAGAGUAAAAGGUUUUUCAGUUCAACAACACAAAUCUUCGG